ACGGACAUGUCACGUGGCUAAAAAGAUAAGAAAAUCAUAUAAAUAAAUUCUAGCUGAAUUUCAGCGUCCAUUGAAAGACGGACGGCGGAUUGAAUUUUACACACUGAACAACAAUCAUGGAGUAUGCAUAUCUGUGUUUGCUGGUUUGUGUUAUAGUUGUUUUUGUGGACUUUAAUCAGUGCGAUGCAGUUACAGCAGGAGCUCUUGGUUCAAAAUGCACAGUGGCCGGCAACUGUUCGAGUGUUGCAAAUUCAACUUGUGAUACCAACAAAACAUGUCAGUGUAUACCUUCAUAUAAAGCCGUGCAGCAAAAAUGUAUUUUAAAAGUAUUGGGUGACAAUUGUACUAGUUCAACUGAUUGUUCAAGCACAAGUCACUUGACAUGCGAUACAACAACUUCACACAAAUGUAAAUGUGCGAGUGGAUACAAACCAGAUAGUGGAGCGUGUGUUUUGAAUGUUAUUGGCAAAACAUGCUCGAGCUCUACUGCAUCAACUGUGUGCACACUGAAACACUCUGUAUGUACUUCUACAAAAUGUGCAUGUAAAACAGGUUACAAGAACAAGGAUGACCAGUGUUUGAAAGUUCUUGGUACAUCGUGUGUCUCAGGGAGCGGAUCUACUGUUUGUACAACGACAAAUUCUGGAUGUUCUGCAGCCGGCACGUGUUCCUGUAAUGCGAAACAUGUGGAAGAAGAUGGAAUAUGCCUUAAUGCUUUGGGCGAAACGUGUAAAGCAGCCACGGACUGUGUAUCAAAUGCUGACUGCGAUACAACGGCCAAGACUUGUAAAUGCAAAGCGGGAUUCGUUGAUUCAAACGGAUUGUGUGCAGAACCGUCGUCCGCAGUGGCAAUAAAGAUUGCUAUGAGUACUGUUGGCAUUCUGAUGUUGUUAAAUGUCAUACUGAAAGCGUUCUAAAAGUGGUAUAAUAGUAUGUGUGUUGGACCAAAUACAGAAAUAUUUGUGUUUGUUCGAUGCAGAUAUACAAUAAAGUGACAAAUAAUUCUUCUGUGUGAUAAAAUAAAUGCUUACUGUUGUUAAUCAAGUGGUAUAUGACGUUAUUUGAAUGUGACGCCGAUUAUCACUUAUGCCUCGAAUCAUGGAGGAAAUAGCUGUGAUAAUUUAAUUUAUUAGUUUUGUUUGAAAUAAGCGAUCGUUAAACGGAAAACUGUUCACCGUCUACUAUUGGUUAUUGAGAUUUGUUUCCCUAUAUGAAGUUUUUCCGUAUAUUUGGAGAAACUGACAGAGUUCUUGAACUUUUUUAAUGUACUGUAUUACUUUAAGAGCACUUACUUUGGCGGUUUUAAAUUAAAUAUGACAAAAAGAAAUAAGAAAUAGUCCCCGCAAUAAUGCUUCUCCUUAUCAAUCAAAAUGACAUCAUAUACCAAUUGGUUUGGUCACGCGAAUUAUUGUAGAACAUUUAAUGUUGAAAACCUAGUUUGCCUUAUUGUCGAGUUGACCUUAAUUAGAUAUCAUGAAAGAUCUUAUAUUAGAGGCCAUAUAAUAAAUAUAAGUUUUCAAUUACCGUGUUUAAGAAAGUGUUGUAAUUACAUUACUCAAAACUACUCUUGUUUUGACGUUUGACACACAAUUUUCUACCCUUAUGUAAUAUUACAAAUAUAUACAUCAUUCAAUAUAUCGUUAUAAAUUUAUAGUUAUUUUACUUGAAAAUCAAGCGACGUAAAGUCAUCAAGCAUCUUUAAUUGUUUUUUUACACUAU